AUGGAUCCGAUGGAAACGACCCCGACGGGAGCCAAUCCCCCGCCGCCUCAGCCACCACCACCACCAACUCCUCCUCCUCCCGCCCCAAACUUAGCUUCGGGCUCUACAUUGGGCGUCAUUGGUAGUGCGUCCAAGAGAAAGAGGGGUCCAGGUGUUGUGACACCCAAUGCCUGUACUGAGUGUCGCAAAAAGCGUGCAAAGUGCGACGGACAGAUGCCAUGUAGUCGAUGCAAGGCACAAAAGGACGUCGAAUGCAGAUACGAAAUACCGGUCCGUCAGUCCAAGGAGACGCUGCGUACCGAGAUCCAGCAGCUUCGACGAGCGAAACGCAACAAUGACCAGAUUAUUGCCGCUCUCGUUCGUCCGGACCUCUGCGAAGAGGUGCUGACGCGUUUGCGCAACGGCCAGAGUGUGGAAUCCAUAUCGCAAUGGCUUGGGGGAACUCUGCCGGCGGGGAGCAACACGCUGCCCUCAAUCAGUCGUCUGCUUAACCAGGGUAGCGUUGCCGCGCCGCCCAUGUCCGGAUACGUGCCUGCUCCUUCUAGCACCUACCCGCCACUCCCAUCUGAAUUGAGUACGGUUAGCCCCGUUCUGGGCCAGCAGCCGCACGGUAUCCGGCAAGACGCCGAACAACUGAGCCCUUGGGGUGGCCAAUUUUCUACUCAGAGCCAUGAAGGCUCCCAGCCGGAUGCAAUGAAUUGGAAUCCGGAGGCCAUCAUGGACAGCCAGUCGCGCAUUGGAUCCUGGGUUGAAAGUCAAGCCGACAAGUCAGAGGUAGCUCGAGGGGGCGGUUUCGAUCAGAUCCUUCUCUCUUCGGUUCCCGAGAUGAAAAUUCCGCCCAGGACAUGGACAAAACUAACAGACGAUCCAGCGCUUGUUCAGCAUCUUUUGGCUCUGUACUUCUGUUGGGAGUACCCCACGUUUGCUUCGCUCAGCAAGGAGCACUUUCUCAAGGAUUUCAUGGAAGGCCGGCCCCGGUUCUGCUCGUCCAUUCUGGUCAACGCGCUACUGGCGCUGGGAUGCCGGUUUUCGAGCAAGCCCAACACGCGGUCCAAUCCGGACGACCCGCACACGUCGGGCAACCACUUCUUCAAGGAGUGUCAGCGCCUAUUCUAUCAGGAGCAAAACCACCACAAACUAACCACCAUUCAAGCCCUGGGUAUCAUGUCGAUAAGGGAAGCAAGCUGCGGCAGGGACUCUGAGAGCUGGUAUUACGCUGGCCAGAGCAUGCGGCUCGCCAUCGAGAUGGGACUGCAUCGGCUGCAAGACGAUUCCAUGGAAGAUGAUGAGAGCGCGGUCCAGACAGCCACCUUUUGGGGGGCAUUCGCUUUAGAUCACGCAUGGUCUUUGGCAACCGGGUCACUUCCCCAGUGUUCCUGCUUACCUCGCUUACCACCCAAGCCGGCGAUAAUAGACGACAUCGAAGCAUCGUUGUGGAUUCCUUAUACCGACGACGGCGCACCACUACAGCGGUCUUGCGAGCAACCCUCCCAUGUCCGCUCCGUGUACAAAUGCUUUUGCGGGCUGAGCGAACUGGUUCAUCAGUCCUUAUACAUACUUUAUUCUCCGGGCCGGCCACUCAUGAGCAGAGACCUGCUCACCAUCUACACCCAAUACCUGAACUGGUACGACAGAAUACCCGAGGUUCUGCGGCUAGGCCACAACUUCACUCCGGCCGUCUUGUUUGCGCACAUGUACUAUCACUUCGCCAUCUUGUCUCUCUUCCGACCCCUCAUCAAGCUGCGAAUCAUCGGGUCCAGCAUAACUCCACGUGAUGUCUGUCUGCAGGCAGCUGAUGCCAUCACUGGCCUCCUGCGCUCGUAUGCGCAACUCUACACGUUGAGACGGACGCCAUCGUUUGUUCCGUACUUUGUCCUCACAUCGUCCAUCAUGCACCUCGCUAUCGCAGCAGCGGACUUCAACUCUCGAGCCUAUGAACAAGGCAAUGCACCGGCCAAGCUGGACCCACACGCCGCCGACGCCCUCGCCCGGGGAAUUGCGGACCUGACCGAGAUGGCACCUUGCCAUCAUUUUGCAGAACAAGCACUAAACAUACUCCGAUUCCUAGCCAAGAAGUGGAACAUCGACGUGGAUAUCGUAAAGACGGGCGGGGAUGAGCGCGUCCAGGUGGCGUUGCCUGAUCCAUACCGGGCUACGCGACCCGUAAGCACCAGUCUCAACUUCUUCGCGCCGAAUUUCGUGGAAUCCGACAUGACCAGUACAUUGGCCUACACAACACCGUCCACUGGCCAGGGCAAGAAGAUUGCCGGCGCAUCCGAGGAGGCGGCACAUAUGGCCGAAGAUAUGGAGAACCCGCUGUUUUGGCCCUUCCCCAUGCAAGGCCGUCCCAUAUUGCCAGCCGGAGCAGAAUUAAGGGAGGCCGGGUUUGAGUUCAUUUAG